CGGGCCGCUUCGGCUUCCCUGGCCUGCUCUCUCCACGGCUUCCGGCGCGUUCAGCCGGCCACCAUGGGGAAGCAAGACAAUCGCGUGGUCUACAUGAAUCCAAUAGCGAUGGCUCGGUCAAGGGGUCUGAUCCAGUCUUCAGGACCAACAAUCCAGGAUUAUCUGAAUCGACCAAGGCCUACCUGGGAGGAGGUAAAGGAGCAGCUGGAGAAGAAGAAGGGCUCCAAGGCUCUGGCUGAGUUUGAAGAAAAAAUGAAUGAGAAUUGGAAGAAAGAACUAGAAAAACAUAGAGAAAAAUUAUUAAGUGGAAAUAAGAGCUCAUCCAAAAAACGACAGAAAAAGAAAAAAGAAAAGAAGAAAUCUGGUAGAUAUUCAUCUUCUUCUUCAUCGAGCUCUGAUUCUUCCGACAGUUCUUCAGAUUCUGAAGAUGAGGAUAAAAAACAAACAAAAAGAAGGAAGAAAAAGAAGAGCCGUUGCCAUAAGUCUCCGGAGACCUCAGCGUCGGAUUCCGACUCAGACAGCAAGGAUGGUUCAAAAAAGAAAAAGAAGUCAAAGGAUGUAACUGAAAGAGAAAAGGACACUAAAGGACUCAGCAAAAAGAGAAAGAUGUAUGAAGAUAAACCAUUAUCAUCUGAGUCACUGUCAGAGUCAGACUGUGGAGAGGUGCAAGCAAAAAAGAAGAAAAGCGGUGAAGAACGAGAGAGAACAACAGACAAAGCCAAAAAGAGAAGGAAGCAUAAGAAGCACAGCAAGAAGAAGAAAAAGAAGGCUGCCAGUUCAAGCUCAGACUCGCCGUAGCAUCCAGGAAGACCAGGGUCCUUACUGAGUGCAAUGUCAAAGGAGCUCUCAACUGUGA